AUGCAGUGUUAUAUACCAUUAGAAAGGUCUAUAUCCAUUCGAGAUAUUCCUGCCCUAAGGGCUUCGCACCAGUCGAGACAGUUUGUCAUUUUUGAUGAAGAACUUCAAUUGGUACUGCACUCUGAAAAUGAGGCAGAGGCAAUUCCAUACAAGUGCUCUAUUUGGAUCAAUGAUGCUAAAGUACAUGAAUCUCAAGGUACUGAUGCAUUCGAGAAGUUUGAUAAGGAAUCUUGUACUUGGAAGCUGAAAUCUAAUAUUUGUUCGCAAGGUAUAUUUAGGUCAAGUGUUGUCAUGAAUAAUGGGUAUAAUAACCAUAUUAAAGUUUGCAUUCAAUACGUUGAAAAGGCUCCGACACAGUUGAACGCAGAUUCAAACCACAUACUCAUAAACGAAAGCAAUGAGGAAUACGAGGACUUUCUACCUAGCUUUGAACCACUUCCAGCUAAGCCUCUCCCUAUACUACAUCAGACUGCCGCGAGCGAAGAUACGAGUACAUCAGACAGCGUUUCUAACAUGAAAGCAAUAACACUGAAGUAUCCCAUAUACUCAAUGUUGAACAUGAGAUUAAGGAAUGUAUUGCAAAAAUUUGCGAGCUGCAUAAUUUCUUCUCUAGAUUUUCAGACAUCAAAAGGAUCACUUAAGUUUGCUGAGAAAUUUUUGAAUUCAGAUAAGAAAAGUCAAAGCUUUCGCAUCCAUUUCGAUGAGGUGAAGUAUGAACUGGUUGACAGAGACUCCCAUAUACAGUUAGACCCAAUUUGCCCUUUCACUAUCCCAUUUAUAGCAGAUUCACAUGAUGGGUACAGCAUUAGCUAUAAAUUACCACUCCCUGGUGGCAAUAAUAAUAUAGCAACAAACCGUGCCAAAAUCACCCUGCGAUAUAAAGUUGUGAGUACAGCUCCGCAACUGAGCUUCUCAAUUCCCGUUUUAACAUCCUGGGACACCGAUGUUACAUUAAAAAGACCAAUGAGCAACUCAUUGGUUUCACAAGCAUCCUCGAACAUAUCAACGCCACGGCUUUACGGAGUAUCCCCUCGAGUUGACCUCAUGGGAUCAGCAAGCUCGCUGGUCAAUAGCAAGCUUAACAAUGUCAAAUUCAAGUUCACCAAUAAUAAAAUAACUGCAAUCAAGGGUGUAAAAUUCACUUUAACUCUGCAAAUUAUCAAUUCAUCUUCAGCUCCCUUAGAUUUAGUUGUCUAUUACAAUAACAAAUUAUCCCCACCUAAUCAGCAGUUUGCAUCCAUGCCACUGGAAAAACAGUACCAAUUAUAUAAGAAAUACUAUAAGAUUACAGAGGGAAUAAUAUUACUGUCAAAUGAUUUCAAGGUGCCCAUAGUGGAUACCAACGAAACCUACUCUAUUGACCUAAGCUUUGUCGGGAUAAUGUCUGGCUAUUAUGCAACAUUACCAGGCCUUAAAAUGGUCGAUCUUCAGACCAACGAAUUAAUAGAGAUAGGGAUGGGUGCCUCAGUUCUAAUCAGAUGA